AAAUAUCUUCGAUAUCAGAUUCAACAAAAAAAAGUGAUAAAAUAAAAAGUGUAAUGGAAGGACGUCUAAUAGAAUAUCGACCCAUUGGAGGGGGCCUCGAUUACCAUCACAAUUCUCCCCUGAUUGGGGAGAUACCACCCGCUGGCGGAGAUUACUCCCAUGCAGUUCAUAGAUCCAUAGAUCAUUUGCGAAACAGUUUAAACGAACGAGUGGCCUUGGGUCCACUUAGUGUCUUCUCGAAUACGGCCGAUUUGAGGAGCUCCGUUCUCAGCUAUAGUCAACAGCCACACCAGCCACACCAGCCUCACCAUCAACCGCCGCCACAGCAACAGCAGCAGCAGCACCAGCAACAACACCAGCAGCAACAGCAUCAGUACCACCUGAGUGGCGGUGGAGUGGAGCCACUGGUGCAACAGCCGAAGCCGAGCAUAACCACUCUAGAGAGCAGUGGUGUGCCCUCCUCCGCGAUAACGGGCUCCAACAGCCAGAAGCACGUGAACGAUGCUGUCGUGAGCAGCAGCAGCGGCGGCGGCGGUGGCGGCGGCGGUGGCGGCGGCGGCAGCUCCACGGCAACCGGGAAUACUCCCACGGGAUCCACACGUGGUCGCAAGUCACGCAUCUAUCCGAAUCCUAAUCAACACAUCAUCGUGACGAGCAAUAGUGUGGACAAUGGCGGCAUCCGGAUGCAGAAUGCAACUAUCAAUGAGAGGAAUGGCCAGAAUACAGGUGGAGUGGCAGUGCCAGGAGUGGCAGGAGUAGCACCUGUCAUAGCCGGAGGAGGUGUUGUACCCACAGCGGCGGCUCCUGGUAAUGGCAUCUCCUCCUCCACCAGUUCGCCCCAUCAUAUGACACAGUUGGAUGUGAAGGAUACGAAGAUCUUUAGCUCCAAGGCGGAUCUGCAGCUGCACACCCAGAUUCAUAUGAGGGAGGCCAAGCCGUACAAGUGCACCCAGUGCUCAAAGGCCUUUGCCAACUCGUCGUAUCUGUCGCAGCAUACGCGAAUCCAUUUGGGCAUCAAGCCGUACCGCUGCGAGAUCUGUCAGCGAAAAUUCACCCAAUUGUCGCACCUGCAGCAGCACAUACGGACCCACACGGGCGACAAGCCGUACAAGUGCCGCCAUCCCGGCUGCCAGAAGGCCUUCUCCCAGCUCUCUAAUCUGCAGUCGCACUCGCGCUGCCACCAGACGGACAAGCCGUUCAAGUGCAACUCCUGCUACAAAUGCUUCUCGGAUGAGCCCUCGCUGCUGGAGCACAUACCCAAGCAUAAGGAGUCCAAGCAUCUGAAGACACACAUUUGCCAGUACUGCGGCAAGUCGUACACGCAGGAGACCUACCUGACGAAGCACAUGCAGAAGCAUGCAGAGCGCACGGACAAGCGGCCACCGAUUGCGCCGGGAAGUGCAGCAGCCAUUGCUGCCGCUGCUGCAGCCGCCGCUUCGGGCAGUUCAGGAGGGGGACCCACGGGACCUCCAACGGCCAGCAAUCCUGCCCAGCACCAACGCAACAAUCUGGGCCUGCCACCGGUUUCGAUAGCCCCCAGCGAGAGUAGCUACUGGCCAAAGGUGACCCCUGAUUCGGCUGCCGCUGCCAAUGCCAUGGAAGUGAUGCACCAGCAACAGCAGCAGCAACAACAACAGCAACAACAGCAGCAGCAACAACAGCAGCAACAGCAACAGCAGCAACAGCAGCAGCAACAUCAGACGCAUCACCAUCAUCCGCAACACGGAGUUCCACCGCAGCAACAUGUCCCGCCACAACAGCAGCAACAGCAACAGCCCCCGCAUCAUCACCAUCCGCAGCAGCAGCAGCAGCAGCCGCCACCGCAGCACAGCAUGGAGGGGCACUAUGUCCAGCCGACGGCGCCAAACAGUGCCCAAAGCAAUGGCCAUGGACCAGAGUUGCAUCGCAUGCCCGAUCCGGUGAGGGAGGAUAUAGUCUCCACACCCAGUGCUGUGGGUCCAUAUGAUGCCGCAUCCCUGACGAAAACCACCAGCAAUUCGGCCUUUACGCCAAUCAACUCAAUGCCGCCGCACUUGAACUCGCUGAGCCACCAUCCGAUGGCCCAGCGACCCUAUCUCUACGAUGCCAUCAGUUUCCCCAAUAAGAAUGUCAACCAGAACAAUGCGAAUGCCUUCCCCAACCAGCUGAUCUCGCUGCAUCAGAUCCGCAACUAUGCGCACCAGCCGGCGGGUCUGAUGGCUGGGGAGCAUCUGCUGGGCGUGAGUGUCGGUCCGGGGAAGGAGAAAGGGUAGCUAGGGUCCUACUUUUAAGUUUGGUAAUUAUCCACAUUACUACUCAAAUUAAUUGUAUCAUUUGACGAGGCGUGCAUUCCUGUACAGUAUUGAUUUGUAGUUAGUCUUAGCGCCUAAGCGACACUUAGAUCUUAUAUUUGGUUUAAGUUUUUCGUAAAUGGCCAGCGAUACGUAUUCUUAUUUGAAUAACACCGUCCAUACCUAAGUUUAUAAGAUGACUCCUGACUCUAAAAAUACGGAUUCUGAAUCUUUUAAACCAUCCAAAAGCUUCUCUUUUCCACAGACCUCGUCGAUUGCAGACUAUGUAAAUAUAGAAUUGAAUGGAAAAUGUAUUUAUAUUUGAAUGCACAAACGGAUCUCGCAGUCUUGAAUCAAAUAGCAACUGCAAACUAAAACCGAUAUAUAUGUACAUAUAUAUAGAACCUAAAGGAUACUUAUUCCAAAACGUAAUUUACAUUCAUACAUAUACUAUAUAUUUGUUUAGGUGUAUUUCCGUAUUGAAUACAGAAAGAUUUCUGAAAGAAACUUUUCCGACAUAUGUAAGUAUAUAAGAGCACACACAAAUUUCACGAAAAUCAAAUGUGUUUACAACUAUAGAUGGAACUAUGCGAUAGAUACAAGAAAACUAUUUUGAAAGAACUAAUACAUUUUCUAAUUAUAUGUUGGCAAUUGCAAAAAAGAAAAUAGAGAUGUUGUAAUACUUUUUGGAAAGACUGAAGUGAUCAAAAUUAAAGAAAAAACCAAACAAACCACAAACCAGACGUACAUAUGUAGAUGCGAGAGGAAAAA